AGCAGGACCCAGACUGGGAGGAGGUGUUGUUUACCCAACAGCUCCAGGUGGAUCCAAAGAAUUCCACUUUGGAGUUGACAUUCCCAUCUUUUCCAUCCUCAGAUGAUGAUGGUUCCGUCAUCCUUCGCCCGGGCAAUAAAUACGAGUACAAAUUCGGCUUCGAACUACCCCAGGGGCCGGUGGGAACCACCUUCAAGGGUAAAUAUGGCUGUGUGGAUUAUUGGGUGAAGGCUCUGUUGGAACGUCCAGCCUGUCCAACCCAACAGGUCAAGAAACGUUUUGAGGUGAUGGAUCCUGUGGAUGUCAACACUCCAGAGCUGCUGUCUCCAGUGGCAGCCAAAAAGGAGGAGAAGGUGACGUGUCUGUUCAUCCCUGACGGACGGGUGUCCGUCAGCGCCCAGAUCGACAGGAAGGGAUUCUGUGAAGGCGACGAGAUCUGCAUCAACGCCGACUUUGAGAACACUUGCUCACGCAUCGUGGUGCCCAAGGCUGCCAUCGUGGCCAAACAUACCUACUUGGCCAACGGGCAAACCAAAGUCUUCUGCCAAAAACUUUCCUGUGUCCGUGGCAACCACAUCAUUUCCGGCACUUCGGAAUCUUGGCGUGGCAAAACCAUCCGUGUCAAGAAACUCAAACCUUCCAUCUUGGGUUGUAACAUUCUCCGCGUGGAAUAUUUCCUGCAGAUCUAUGUGAGUGUUCCAGGUUCCAAGAAGAUUAUCCUGGAGUUGCCGUUGGUGAUCGGAAGCCGUUCGGGGAUCGGGAGCAGAAGCUCCAGUAUGGCCAGUCAAACCAGCUCUGAGAUGAGUUGGGUGGAUCUCAAUCUCCCGGAUGCUCCAGAGG